AUGCCUUUAGCUACUCAGACAGUGCAGACCAAGGAAAAAGAAAAAGAAAUAGAGAUAGCCAUACACCGGGAUUGCGAGACACAUUUUAUCGAAGCGAUACGCAAACAGAUUGACACUGUAAAUCCGGACAAGAUCAAGAAUUCGCUAGCUGUGCUCUCGGAACUAUCAGUGCGUGCGGCUGCUUUCCUCCAAAAGAGUGACUUCACGGUUACGCAGGAAACUGCCCACGAAUUUUCCAUGGAUUCAAUCAUGUACACCCGUUCUAUCGUAUCAGAGCCUUUCAGCAUGGUUCCACUGGCUGAGAGGCGCGAUUUGGCGCGCCUUGAUGUAAUGGUGUUGGCACGCGCACUGUUGCACCAAGCAUUUGCCAUCGCGAAGACAACUCCUGUACGGCAGGAAUUAGCCUGGCGUUUACAUCACUGGAUGGCGCAUCGCGUGAAGGAUGCUUUCAGGCUUGAGGUCCAUGGCCACUUCCGAUAUUUCGAGAUUGGAAAUGCAGUGACCGAAGUCAUGCGCAGUCCGUUCCGAUGGCAAGGUUUUUUCGCUGAUAAUCCGACGCCGCUUGCUAAUUUCCUUCCGCACGGUUGGGAAGACCAGGAUGGGGACCGUUUCUCCUAUGGCGAACUGACUAUCCCGCCACUCGAGGAGGAGGAGUAUGCGUCUUGGUUCAUGGAGGACGUGGACAGGGAGCCGGAUAGUCCGCGACGAAGUGCGCGUAUCUGCUCUUCACCAGUACGCACAGCAGAUGAGAUUGGGCCAGACGCUACUUGCACGAUAUGUGGCGACGCGCUUGCUGUAGUCGAAGGGCUGUGUCUGCAAAUGCCUAUGCGUGUGCAUUGCAGCGGGGGACACAUUUAUCACUAUGAAUGCUUGACGAUGUUGAUCAACGGCAUUGAUGCGUAUGCGAAUAAGUGCCCUGUUUGCCGUCAAGAGAUUUGUUCACUGCGGCGUAGCAAGGCUAUCAUUGACGACGACGACGAGGAGAUGGACGAAGAGCUGGACGAGGAGAUGGACGAAGAGGUGGAGGAAGAGAUGUACGAGGUGGACGAAGAAUUGAACGAGUGUGUGGACGGACGGGUGAACGAGUGGGUGAACGAGCGGGUGGACGAGGAAAUGAACGAGGAGAUGGACGAGGACGUAAAUCAGGGAAUAGACUAG